CAAAUUUGCGUAUGUUGUGUCUUGUCAUUUCUUUCACAAGAAAGUGGGUGUUUUAACAACAUUUUGUUAAGCAACUACGCUGUUUAAUCAUUUGUUAAAUAGUAAUGUCUGCAUCUACGUGAAAUACAGCCAUGGAGGGGUUACCUACGGGUGACAUCCAGGCUAAAUACCAAAAGUUGGCAACGGAAUAUUCAAAGUUGCGAGUUCACGUUAAAGUGUUAAAGAAGGGCGUGCUAGAUGAGCAAGCGAAGUCUAACGAGUUGAGAGAGAGUUUGAAGGAGAAGGAGAAAGCACUGAGGAAAGGGGAGUUGGAGAUAGAUUCACUCACGUUUAGGAAUCAGCAGCUAACGCGGCGCGUGUCUGUGUUGCAAGAUGAGCUCGAGCUGUUACAGAGUAAAUCUACAAAGAAGGCAAAGAGUAAAGAUGACAAGCCUGCUGCAACCAGCAGUGCCCCACCGCUGGACACCGGUAUACUUCAGGAAGAGCUCCAGAAGAAGAUCAUGGAGAAUGCGCAGUAUGCUUCACAGCUUUCAGACAAAGUAUUCGAGCUGUCCCAGCUCAAAGCGGCCCUGGACGACUACCAGCGCCACCUGAGCGAGAGCGACAACCGGUACAAGUGCGAAGUGGCCAAGCUGCGGCACAGGAACCAGGAGCUUCAGUUCGCGUUGGAGGAGGCGCAGAGAGCGAGCGGCACGCCGAACAGACAGCCCAGCCAGCCAAGCUGUAACGGGGACUUGCUGUCGGAGGGUGGCAGCUUGAUCGGCAGCGAAGACGCGCUUAGCUCCGUGGACGAGCUCAACGCCGUGGAGCAGAUCAGUGCGAAGGCGCAUGCUACCGAACAGGAAAACCAAAAACUCCGCAUGGAAUACGAGCUCCUGCAAAUGGAAAACGAAAGCCUAAAACUCGAAAUUAGCAAACAUGUAUCAGCAUCCCAAAGACGGAGAGGGGACGGCCAUGAUUCCGGAGACUUUAACUUUUACUCUGCGACCUCAGUGGACGGAGAAGGCAGGGUCACCGGGCUACUUGGCAGUAUGGAAGUGCCCUUCCUACUUGGACAUGAGAUACAGACGAGGGAGGAUAGGAUGAAGACGUACUUUAGGAAUAAGAUUAGCGAACUGAAAGUUGAGAAUGAGCAGUUGAAGAGUAAGACUGAACAUUAUGUGAAAGAGUGUGAGAUGCUGAGGACGAGGUUCGAGGAGAUGGAGCGAGACAGAGAGACGGACGCGCGCACCAUAGAAGACAAACAUAAAACUAUUAGUAGAUUGGAGGAGGAGCUACAUUCCACGUCCCACAACUACGAAGAGCAGAUGUCCGUUCUGACGGAGCACGUGGCCGGCCUCAACGAGCAGCUCGCGCGCCAGCAUGACCAGAUCGACCAGCUGAAACACCAGAUGAGCAGGAGGAAAUAGACCUUUCCGGGACCGUCCUGGGACCGUUUCGGGACCGUCCUGAACCCUUCCUAGGAUGAUAUUAGGAUCCUAACGACACUUCCCAAAUUUUUGAAAUAUCCCGAGACAGUUUUUCCACAACUACGAAGAAAAGAUGUCCGUUCUGACGGAGCAUGUGGCCGGCCUCAACGAGCAGCUCGCGCGCCAGCACGACCAGAUCGACCAGCUCAAGCACCAGAUGAGUAGGAGGAAAUGGACCUUUCCGGGACCGUCCUGGGACCAUUUCGGGACCGUCCUGAACCCUUCCUAGGAUUAUAUUAGGAUCUUAACGGGACUUUUUCCGAGGUAUCUUAGAAAUAUCCCGAAUAUCCCGACACAGUUUUGUAAUCUUGUCGGGACCGUUUAAGAAACCCUCCCGGGAGCAUCUUGGAACCUCUCUGGGAGCUCCUCAGGACUAUACAGAAAGUUUCACGGGACUUGCCGCGAUACCUUUCGAUUUUUCUUUUUUCGGAAUCAUCUUUGAAAUAUCCCGAGACAGUCUUGUAACCUUGUCGGGACUGGUUAAGAAUCCUUCCCGGGACCAUACUGAAACCUUCAUGGGACUUGGGAAUUUGCCGGCAGUCCUAAGGCCUUCCUGGGACCGUUAUAGAAUAGACUAUCGUGGGAUCAGAACUUUCUCGUGACCAUCUCGGGACUGUCCGAUCGGGCAAGGCACGCUAUCCGCGAGACGUGACGCAUCUGUUUGUUAACUUCACGUUAACAAGAAAUUUGAAGCAGAAUUGGCUGAGAUGUCAGUUGACUAGAAAAAAAGAAGUGACUUGGGCAAGGUAAGCUGUUCAAUGAUGAUAGAAAUAGGAAAGACUGGUUAGUUAUGUCGUACCAUAGGCAUUGGAUACUUAUGGCUCCCUGUAAGUUAAAGGCACCUGCAAAUAUAUAACAGCGGCCAAGGUUCCACAACUAUUUGACCCCUGUAUAGUCAAGAUGUUAAAGUGUAUGUUGAGAUAUUUUUGAGAAACUUGGCCACUGCAAUAUAUUUAAACUUUUGAACGCCAAACGGCGCAUCCAUUUGCCGUGCUCCUGACGCCACGGGGGUAAAAUUUAGUUUUGUGAAUAAAUAAUGCCUACCUAAAAGUGGGGUGUUUUUCAGUAGAUUUAGGUACAUCAAAAAACGAUCGACGUCAAAUGCCGUCUUUGGCGUCGUUGUCACGAUUUUGCGUUGACGUCAAUUGCCGUCUGUGGCGUUCAAAACGUUAAAAGCGACUGUAGGUGGAUAGAGAUAGCUUGAAGUUGCUGGUCAACAUUUGAAAGGUAUGUCAAUAAAUAGGGCUCUUGUUAAGUCGUGUUCAGAAUAAUCUAGGCUUCAAGGGCAUAGAAAGAAAGGGAAAUAGGUGUUUUAUGAUAUGAUAAACACGCGGUAGAUUUCAUUUGACUGUUUUUUAAGUUUACGCUUAUUUUCUACUGUUCAUUGUCAAAUAAAUUUAUACUAACCUUUUCGACGCCGCGUCAAACACAAAAGCUGACUUUCAGACGCCACGUCACCGAAGUGUCGAAACUGAAGUUGGAUAUGUAUAUGAACGUAGGUCGAUGUUGCUCUGUGGUCUGUGACUGAAUAAUCUGUCUUUGGCGUUGGACCUACAGUGCGGAUAUAUCAGUCAUUGGCGUCCAAAAGGUUAAGCGAUUCGAUCUACAAAUUUAUUAGGUACCGUCAACGCCGAAGUAAAUCAUUCGCUCUUUUCGGUUAGACUUGCGAACUAGAAAGAGACUUAAGAGACGAAUGCUUUAUCUUGGCGAUUUACAUUACCAUACUGCGGUUCAGUAGGUAAUAAUGACAAUAUUUUACCUUUUUUGCUCUUAUUCAAUAGUGUUCGAAAAAGAUAGAUGGGUACAUAUAAUAUUAUUGUCAUUUUUACAACAUGUUGUAGUAAAAUGUCCAAAACUUUGUAAUAAUCAUGUAUACAUUAUAUAAGUAUAACGUAAUAUAUAUAAGACAUGUAUAAAUGUAAAAAAAAUGUUAUAAUGAAGUUGAAGUUUAUUGUAAAAAUAUGAGAUUGUCUUAAAUAAUUCGUGGCCCAAAGAUGUACGAAAUUGGACUUUAUUUUCAACUCUAUGUGAUCUAUUUUAUCUUGUUAAAUUAUACUUGUUCUCAAUUAUGUAAUUAUGUUGUAUGCUUUGCUUAUAUAUAUAAAUAAAGUCGAUAUGAAACUCAAUCUAUUGUCGACUUGCUUCAGAUAAAAAUAUAGUGUAAGUAGUCAAAAAAUUUGCCGGAUUUCGUCAUCACUCUUGCAGUCAUGUUUUUAUAAAAUACGUUUACAUACUGUUUCAAUACCGGUUACAACAUUUUGUCUUUAGGCGCUUGUGGAAAUACUUGUGGUUUUCCAUCAGAGAAAGGGUCCUUAUGGGCAUUUUCAUUUUAACUUUUAAUUUAACCCGUCGAACCCCAUAAUACAACAAAUUGAUGCGGAGCAAUUUGACUUAUAUCGAUUUGUAGUAACACACGUCUGAUACUGAGUCGCUACGACCCAAAUUGUCUUAGUAUCACACGGGUUAAAGCGCGUCUUAACUCGUGUUUCAGUAACGUCACAGAAUAAAUAAUAGUCCUAGGUACAGAAGACUCACUCUCUAACAAAACGCGUCUGUUACGAUCAGCACAGAUAUGGCCGCUAGGUGGCGACAGCGCCACGCGCGGCUUAUGGCAAACCCCAAAAUUGGGGUCGAACGGAUGGACUUUUAGCUAAUACCUGUAGCAAAGCGUCGAAAUCGCGGAGUGAGCCACGCCUGGUAACGUCUAACCGUCACAUUCCUGACCAAAUGUAUGGGGUUUGACAUUGGUUUGACAUUGACCGUCAGUUUUGUGGCGAUUGCUAACCAGCCGUUAAUGGUACACAGUUACUCAGUCCUCUGGGCACAGAAUAAAUAAUAGCACUACCGUACAGAAAGGACACUUCCUACUGAGCCGAUGUUUGACAGGGAUUCAGGGACGAAUCAAGCUAUCCCUUUAGGUACUGUGGUUGUGCACGUAAAAGGAAGUCAAGUGGUGCCAACCCUAAUACAUAAUUGCUCGGAGCAAUGCUGAGCCGAGUUUGCCCGAAGUCAGGAGUUCCCCCCACUACUCUGGGCCUAAUUCGUGUCAGUCUGCUAGGUAUUCGUUCAAUAGGAAUAAGAUUAUGAAAGCUUUUCAUUCAAAGAUAUUUGAAAGAUAAUUAUGACUGUACUUUAUAUUUUUCUUAAUUUUUGAGUAUUCAGAAGAAGCAACACCUUUAAAAUGUUAAUCUGAUAGGUGAGUUGCAGUUCAAAAGAUUUUUAUUAAUUUGUAUCCAACCAUCUAGGCAAAUAAGUUAUUCAUCUCUUUCAGUUUUAAAACGUUUGACAGAGAUAGAUUAAUGAUAAUGCCUAAUAAUAGCAGUCACUUUAAUUAAAAGGAUUGUAUUUGUAUUUCCUUUAUCCUAUUUAGCUUAACAUCAAUAAUUUUGAUGGAAGUCAUUUGUAAACUUAAUUGUAUUUAUUAAGACUAGUGACGAUUUAUAUAAUAAAGACUGCUAUUCUCCAUAACAAGUCGCCUUCCGAGUGUAUCUUGACUAGAAUAAAUAUGGCGACGUUCUAAAGUAAGGACGCUAAUCACAAAGAAUUUCGUACAUUACCCCCCGUUUUUCUAUCUCUAUCGUACGCGCAUAUUUAUAUUGCUAUCUCAUCGAUGAUGCCGGCGGUCAAUGCCACGACGCACGGUACGAGCGGGAUAGCAAUAUAAUUAUGCACUUGCGAGAGAUCGGAAAUAGAGGGCAAUGUAAAUUAUUCAUGCUUAGCGUCCUUACUUUAGAAGGUCGCCAAAUUUAUUCUAGUCUAGAAAUUCACUAGAUGGCGCAAUGUACCAUGGUCCUAAUAUUGGUGACGGAACCCUUUUGGAAAGCGAAAUAUUUGACGGAACCCCAAACUAAAAAUUUUCGUUCGUCACUGUGGACCAGAUAUACCUAUAGAAGUGCUGGUUUUUUUUUUCUUAUUAUUACAAGUAUUUUCGCGGAACCCCAACAGAAGCUUUACGGAACCCUAGGGUUCCGCGGAACACACUUUGAGAAUGGCUGAUCUAGAUAAACUGAAUUUAGAGUUAAUAGGAAUGAAAACUAUUAUUGGAGACUAGGAGGCAUUAUUAUAUCAUCGCUAAGAGAUUUUUCAACAAAUACGUUAUAUGUAUAAAUAUUAUGUAUAAAAUGUAACGUAAGAAUAAUUCGGUCCCUCAAUACCUAAUAAAGUAUAAAUGUGAUGAAAUUUUAUUACUGUAAGUAAUUAUUUAUUACAUUAUGUGUAUAAAAGGGUAUAUAUACUGUUUACACUGUAUUUAUGUUAUAUUGUAAGUAUAAUGAAAUAACGAUUAAAUAGUUUUGAACAAA